AUGAGCUCCCUCGACAAGGGCCGGCUGCAGCAGGAGAUGUCCACCCUGCCUCUGUCAACCAUCUCGACAUCCAUUGCGGCCUCAUCGACCUCCACGGCGGCCGCAGCAAGCUCAACCAACACCGUCAGCUACACGCUGUCAUCGUCCACGUCGACGUCCAACCCGGGCUUUCUCGGCGGGGUAAUCACCGAUGCCGUCAACGAGGUCCUCUCGUCGACUACCAACUACACAUCUUGA